AAGUAUAUAGUUCAGAAUAGGGCUGAUGCACGCUCACAUGUCCUUAGUGAACCGAGUGGUGGUGGUGUAGUGUUGGUUCGCCAGUGCCAGCCGAUACCGCGACCAGGCUGGCCGUCCACGGCUCUUCGAUCCGUUUCCACACCAGUGCGAUUUGCGAAACAUUUCUAAGUACAUUGUGCAAGCUCUAUCGAAAUGUUGCCUGCUACGGUGCUUCUGUUUGUGCUGCAUUUUGUCGCCGCCGAAAUACCAUCAUACAUAAAGGUAUGCCAGCGGAAUGACCCAGAAGUAGACAAAUGCAUCAUGAACUCAGUUGACAUGUUGCGGCCUAAGAUGAUAGAGGGUAUACCAGAGUUGAACGUGCCAGGAAUCGAACCCCUAAGCUUGGGUCAGAUAGCGUUGGCUCGAGGACCUCAGGGCGCCAAGCUGACAGCAGUCGUGAACGAUGUCAAAGUUCGCGGACCUAGCAACUUUAUCAUACAGGAACUUAAGUCAGACCUCGACAAGAACAGGUUCGACUUCAAGCUGCUGCUGCCGAAGCUUGACUUCGCUGGCAAGUACAAGAUGGACAUCCAAGUUCUCCUGCUGCGACUCCAGGGUCGAGGGAACAUCACGGGAACCUUCCGUGACUACGCGUGCAACGUCACGAUGAGAGGACACAAACAGAAGAUCGGUGAAGAUGAACACCUACAGUUUGAUCCCUUCAAAGUGAAACUCCGUGUCGGUCAGUCCUCCAUCUACUUAACCAACUUGUUCGACGGCGAUCCAGUCCUUGGACCCGCCACCAACAGGGUGAUCAACGAAAACUCACAAGUAUUCCUUCAAGAAAUCAGUCCGGUCCUAGAGAAGAGCCUUGCGGACCUCUUCACAGAGAUGGCAAAUAAAAUAACAUCGAAGUUCACUUAUAAGGAAUUAUUCCCGUGAUCCGUGCUCAUAUAGGAGUAU